AAACGUCAAAAGAGGAUCAGUGUUUUGUUGUUUUUAUCUUUUCUGUUGUUAUUUUAGUUAACAUUUUUUAUAAGAACAAGGAAGUGGUAACUAAAGGUGCAAAAGAGCAGUGAUCAGAAAAGGAGAGAUGGAACAAAAAUGACUUCGUCUGCACCCUCUGCUGACCGAAUAGCAACCGUAUCACUUCAUAAAUUCAAAAGUCUUCCAAAGACCGGUAAACCAUCGUGCAACGAAUGGACAGUUCUUUCAAGCAUUUUAAAAUACAAUCAGAAUACCGAUGUUCUUGAAGUGGUAGCGAUUGGAACCGGAACCAAAUGUCUCGGAAAGGAUUACAUUCUCUCGAGUUCUGGUGAAAUUAUCAACGAUUCCCACGCCGAAGUUAUGUCAAGACGCGGUUUUCUGCGAUACAUACUGGAUAGCGUAAGACAGCGGAAACAUUUUACCUUCGAUGAUGCAAACAAAAAAUUUCGGCUGGACCCGACAAUAUCAUUUCAUUUCUUUACUACGCACCCACCAUGCGGCGAUGCUAGCAUUUUUGAUAUUAAAGACGAUGACGAUGAACCGUACUGUAAGAAACCAAAACAGGAUGCGAACAACGAUGACAAUGUUGGUGGUAGAAUUCCGUCAACCCAUGCCACGGGGGGAAAAUUAUUUGAAACGGAUGUUAUCGAUUUAAUGUCCCAAGACAUCGGCGAAAUCAGAACGAAGCCGGGAAAGGGAAUACGCACACUGUCUGUUUCGUGUAGUGAUAAAUUGUCCCGCUGGAAUAUACUAGGAAUACAGGGAGCUCUGCUCGAUUCAAUAUUAGAGCGUCCAAUUUAUUUAAGUUCAUUCACAAUAUGCGGUGUUGGUAAUGUUGAAUCGAUUGAGAGAGCCAUUUGGAAGCGUUGGCUAAACAAAUAUUCGAUUACAUUGCCGGAACGAUAUCGAAUGCAAAAUCCAACAGUCACAGUGGCAAACGGGAACAUUGAAUUUGAAUUUUCGCAUACGGAUUCUCGUACGCCGUCUUCGAAUAGCAUUGUUUGGUGUGAUGUCGAAUAUAGGAAUCUUGAAAUUGCCGUUGGAGGCAAGCGACAAGGAGUGACUAAAAAGAAACUCAACACAUCAAUGGGUCGUCUACUGAUCAGUAAGAUGGAAAUAUACAGACAAUUUUUAGACGUGGUUUUGAGUGUGCAUGACGGUAAGCAAUCGACAUUCCCGUUUAAUAGAUUAAUGAGUUAUUCAGAUGCCAAAAAUUCUGCCGAAGAAUACAGAUUGGCGUGGAUUACUCUCAAAGAGGAAGUAUUCAAGAAGUGGACAGUAAAAAAGAACAUCAAAUACGAUUUUGUAUUGAAAAGUGAUUAAAAGUUACCUCGUAAUAAAGUGUAAAUAAGGAAUCAGAGUCGCUGUUUUUCAGUUUUGAACU